UAUUGGUGGUGUAGAUAGUGGCAACUCAAAGGCCUUCAGUAGCAUUCAGCAGCCUCAUGAAGGAGAACAUACCAGCAAAAGCAGCGAACUAGAAAUGACAGAUCCUAUCUUUGAUAGCAUUUUUUGACAGAAAACAUUAUCAAACAUGACUUGCUACUACUCGAGAACCAGGUUUCUUUCUUUGUGCUUGAGAAAUUGUUCAAACUCACUGUGGAAAAGAUCCCGAACUGUCCCCAUAAGUGUUCACUCACCGAUUAUGCCCUUUUUUACUUUCGCGACGUGAUGAGUCGAGAAGGCAAUUCCACAAAUAGUGCUGGCGCGAGAACAACUAGUUCUUCACCUAAUGACUGUGUCCUUCACAUUUCCGGCGAAGGAGAACAGCCAGCUGGAAAAGCGAAACACUACUAUCAUAUUCUGCAUUUGCUACACGAGAAUUACCUUCCUCUUGACACCUCGACUGCACAGAAAACAAAACAGAAAACAAAAUUCAGUGAAUUCACUCUGUCUGCAUCAAACCUUGAAUACGCAGGAGUCCAGUUUAAACCCCUCUCAGGAAACAACCAAUUCAAUGUCAAAUUCGAUGAAGAUGAAGGCCUAUCCUGGUGGUGCCAUAGGGCCAGUUUUGUGAUUCCAGCUCUCCGUAUACACGACCCCACAGAGCCAUUCCUCAGAAACUUCAUUGCUUUUGAACAGUGUGUCCCUGGCGUUUCGCAGCACUUCACAUCCUACGCAUUCCUCAUGGACAUGUUAAUCAACUCUGAGAAAGACGUCCAAGUGCUUAAAGAUGCCAAGGUUAUGUAUUGCUACUUGGGCGCAGACGAGGACAUCUCAAAUCUGUUCAACAAGCUGUGCAAGGAUGUUGUAGUAGAAGACUUUUAUUUUGCCGACACUUGCAGCAGAGCGUUCAAGUAUAGCGAGUAUGGCUGGCCGAAGAUUUUGGCAUACCACAAACGUACGUAUUUUGCCUCUCCGUGGGCAUUCAUAGGUUUCUGUUUGGCCUUCAUCGCUUUUGGCAUGUCGGUUACUCAAUUUGUCUUCAGUUUCUUUCAAUAAACGCCGAUGAUCGAUCAUGAAGUUUGUAUUAUGUUUCAACUAGAAUUGUAAGAGUUUUAUGAAUAAAUUUCUGUAAUAAAGUAAUAAGUUUGCCCGUCUCCUUGAAA